AGCAGAAACACUUAAACAAAUAAGGCUCUUUUUCUUUCCUUUUAACAAAAAUUUUAAUCCAUGGAUGCUGGAAUUAUUGUUUCUAGUUUGAUUGAAAAAUGGAAAAAUAUUGAAUCAACAACAGCUAAAAACAUGAUUGGAGAAUCGCUCCAUUCGUUGAAGGAAUUUCUCAUCAGAAACAAUGAACUCUUCUUACAGGGUUAUUUAACAAGAGAGCUGAAGAUGACCAGGCUUCUGCAUCGAGUUUACAUCACAGAGAAUAACAUUGACACCUGGCUUGCGUGGAGGGAAUGGAAGAUUAGGAGAAAAAAAUUAUACGAAGUGACAAACAGAUUGUCUUACUGGAUAGUGUAUUUGGGGGGUGACGACUUUGAGACAAAAGAGCUGCUGGAAGAUAGUGAAAAGUUGCUUACAGAAAGCGAAGAGUUGCUGAGAGAGGAAGCAGAAUGGCAGAGAAGGAGAGAGAAGGACCUCACAAUGAGAGUAAGGAAUUGUAUUGAAAGAGUAAAGUUUUUCAUCUUCGACGGACGGAAGCUCAGGGAUUUAGAGAAUCCGGAAGAGGAAAAACAAGAAUACGGAAAACAAAGAAAAAUAUCGCAGAAAGAGAGAGAAAGAUUGCAAAAAAGGAAAGAAAGAUUGCAAAAAAUGAAAGAAAGAUUGCAGAAAGAGAGAGAAAGUUUGCAGCCUUCUAUGCGGUUGAGGCCUUCGUUUAGCACCGAUGAGAUGAAGGAUCUGGAAAUUGAUCUGCAGGCCUUAUGCUGUCAAAACGAAAAUGAAGGCGGUCUUGGCUUCUCAUUUCAAACCAACUUUGAAAAUUAUAGAGCUUGGGAAAGAGUUGCUGGUUUUUGUUUAGAGGAAACAGAUGUUGUUGGUGUUGAACAACAAAUAAAGGAAUUGGUAGCUCGGUUAAUCCCCAAACCCGAUGGCGAUGAUCGAGGUCAGUCUGCUCAAAUCAUAGGAGUUGUUGGUGAGAGAGGCUCCGGAAAAACAGCUCUGGCAAGAAGUGUAUACAAUAGAGUUGAUGUGAAGCAAUAUUUCACCCAACGUGCUUGGGUUCAUGCUUCAAGUUUGCUCAAAGCUAGAGAUGUGUUAAUGGACAUAAUAAAUCAAAUUCAUCCGGAUGGGUUCUUCCUGGAAGCAACAAUCUCAGAUGAAGAAGUAAUUGCUAAGCUUACUCAAGUGUUAAAAAGUGCCAGGCAUCUUAUUGUCAUUGAUGAUAUCGAGGCUAGACAAGUUUCUCAACCUCUCCAAGAUGCUCUUUCUUCCUCAUCAUCUCAUUAUAGCAGAAUAAUUAUCACUACUCGCAAGAAUAUAUUUUUACCAUUGGAGGCUGCUCAUUCAGCUCUACGUGUACGCAGAUUAAACCUCGAGAAUGUCUGGAAAUUGUUCUCUAAGAAGGCACUGUCAGAAUCAGAAGAUGAGUCGAAGUUCAUAAAAUUCGAGGAGCAAAUCCUAAGUCUAAGUGGUGGUUUAUCUUUACAAGUAGUGGCUCUUGGAAGUUUGUUGUCUACCAAAGACCAUGAAAAGUGGUCAAAAGUAAUUGAGGGUGCAAUUACUAAUUUCCGGGGAGAUAUGUUGGCUUUAAGCUAUCAAGAUUUACCGCCACAAGUAAAGCCAUGUUUUCUUUACCUGAUGCUCUUUCCUGGAGCAUUUGAGAUCCGUGUGAGGAGGUUGAUUCAUCUGUGGUGUGCUGAAGGAUUUACGACAUCAUUUGAUUCUCAUUAUCAAAAUGUAGACCCUGAAGAUGUUGCAGAGAUGUACUUUGAAGAACUAGUUAUCAGAAACUUGAUUCAAGUAACUAAAUGGAGAUUCGAUGGACGCCCAAAAUCAUGUCGCAUCCCCAGAGUUGUGUAUGAUGCAUUCUAUCAAGAAGCAUCUGAUCUGGGAUUCGCUUACAGUCCACUCCAUUCAUCUCAUACAUCCACCCACGCUGUUCGGCGACUUUCACUUUACUUGAAUGUCAUCAAGUCAUCUUUAAGUCAUUCUCAUCAUCUUCGCAAUGUACGUUCUUAUGUUGCUUUUGACUCCCAAACACGAGGCCCAGAUACUAUAGGAAUUGAAUUCUUUCUCAACUCCUCUAUAUUUAAUAAGGAUUUUUCCUUGCUGAAAGUGCUUGAUCUUGAGGGUGUAUACAAACCUGAGAUAAAUUAUUUUGUGAAAAAACUGUUGUGGUUGAGGUAUCUUGGCUUGAGAUCAACUUUUAUUGACUACCUUUCAUCCACUGUGUGGAAAUUGCCAGAUCUGGAGACUUUAGAUUUGAAGCACACUCAUAUAGUCCAAAUUUUACGUAGUGGUCGUCCAAACAAGCUGCAACAUCUCUAUUUGAACUGGAUUAAUAAUGAUGCUGGGUUUAAUUUGAGGUAUCUCAAGAACCUGCGUACUUUGUGGGGGCUAAGGUUGAGAGAUGGUUUUUUGCUUCCAACAGAUGAUCUGAUAAAGCUGACAUGCCUCAGAAAGCUAGGGCUGAAGUUGGAGAGAUUUACCCGGAGUGGCACAAUAUUUGAUUGGGUUUCUCAACUUACUACACUUCAAUCGUUGAAGCUGGUUUGCUUAGAAAAUGUAGAGAAACAAGAAUUGUCGAAUAUAAAAAAGCAUUAUAUGCUAAAUGACCUGUAUUUGAAAGGCAGAUUGCUACCACAGAAAUCUGAACAAUUAAGUCAUUUUUUUCCUCCAAGUCUCAGGAAGUUAACUUUGUCACUAUCAGGAAUAGAAGACGACCCAAUGCAAAUACUGGGGAAGUUGCCUCACCUGAACAUCCUCAGGCUUUUUGCUGAUUCCUACACAGGUGAAAAAAUAGAAUGUAAAUCCGGAGAGUUUUCCAGACUUCAUGCCUUGAAACUUUGGAAGCUUCAAGCUGUGAAAUAUUGGAUAGUCGAGAAAGAAGCCAUGCCUUGCCUCAGAGAAAUCGAGCUUAGAAGCUGCACAAAAAUGGAAUCCAUUCAAGGGUUGGAAAAUGUUACUACUUUGAAAGAUAUAGUAUUAACAAACAUGCCAUGGACAUCUUACUCGCUGCCGCACCAUAAAGAUACAGCCGUCAAAAUCAACCAGUGGCGAAACUCUCCUUAUUGACGACUGCCGGUGAGUUCCAACUCUUUAAUCUUUUUUUAAAGUUAAAAAAUGCAAGUCCAGUUGUCUCCUUGUUUAUACUCUCCGUAUAUAAAUAAGAGUGAUAGUAUGUGUUUAUUAGUGUUUAAAAGGUAUUCUUUCAAAGGUACACAAAUAAUACUAUAUAAAGAGACAAUAACCUUAAUCCAGAGAUUUAAACAUGUUAACAUAUCGAAAUGAAAAUUAUUUUUGUACUUUGUGAUUGAAUAUUAGUGUUUGUCCUUUGAUUAAUGCAACCGUAACUUUGUUUUCCUAGUAAACAGAGAUGAAUUUAGAGUUUUGUGGAAUGUUAGCUCAAUUAUUCAAAUGAGGGUUUUGAUUUGUCCAUGUUGUUAACUCACUCAUUCAAACCCUAUCUUUUCUUGGCUCUUGUUUUGUUCCUUUAUAUUUCUUCCUUCUCUCUUUGUUGCAUACAAAUAAAUAAUUGCCAAACGCAAGUUUUCUUCCUCGGAUCAUGGAUUUCAAUGGCGUAACGACCCCAUGGACGGUUUUUCUUGCCUCUAUAUCGAAUCUCCAUGGAGUUCGACUCAAAUUCGAAUUAGUAUUCUUGCUAAGCCUUUCUUUCGAAGUUACAAAUGUUAUUCUUUAAAGGAAGAACAAUACCAGAGAAGUUAGCUCUUGGAGAGGAGGCACAGGCUGUGGCAGCUUUUAUAGAGGACAAGAAGAGAGGGAGAUUUAGUGACGUUGUUUUGAAGGAGUCAAAGCAAGGGACGUAACUUUUCUUGCAUGAACUGAGUUCAAUUGAAUUGUGUUCGCUAAUAAGAUUGUGCCACGUUUCAGUUACAGUGAUAUUAUUUUUUUAA